CUUCUCUUCAAAACCCAUUGCGAGGUAUGCUGUGUUCAUCAUGGCAUCUGUAGCGUUUUCGGGGCCCAAUCAGGCAUUCAACGUCGGAGACAAUUCCGGCAAAACCUCCGCGGAGUUUAAUCCUCCUCCAGAGCAAUCGGGAACUCCCAUGGAGCCUAUCUUUACCGUGCCAUUGGCACGCAACAAUGACUAUGUCCCCUGUGGCUCAUUGCUUGAUGACCUCGAAGAGAAGAGUGCGAGGCCUGCCUCCAAAACAGCGCUUGUGGGCCCGGGCGGUGUCGGCAAAUCCCAGUUAGCGAUCGAAUUCGCUCAUCGUCUGCGGGAAAGGUCACCGCAGACGUGGAUUUUCUGGAUCCAUGCGAACAACGCAACGCGUCUUGAAUCGAGCUACCAAGAAAUUGUCGACCGGCUAGGGCUCUCUGGGCCAUUGAAGCUUACGGACAAUGUUUUUCAGCUCGUAAACAGUUGGCUCCAUGAUGCAGAGCACGGACGCUGGGUGUUGAUAUUUGAUGGCCUAGACAAUGAGGAGCUGCUUCACGAGUCAUUUUUCUAUGGUCAGUCGAAUGAUGUAGGCAGUCAAACAAGCACGACGCAGAAGCCGCCCCCGGGAUUGUUCCCUCAAUGCCCUCACGGAGCAAUUGUUCUGACCACGCGAGACGAGGACGUAGCUCUCGAAGCUAUGGGCGAGCGUGACAUCAUUCCUGUCAACCCCAUGGAUGAAUCAUCCGGGCUGGCCCUUCUCCGCAAAAAGCUUACCGUCGACACCGCAGAAGAGCAAGACGCCAGGGAGCUUCUCGGAGCACUCGACUUUAUGCCACUGGCAAUCAUUCAAGCGACUGCUUUCAUGCAGCAGCAAGCUCCGCGGUACUCCCUAAGCCAAUACCUUAAAAAGUUCCAAGAGAGCAGUUAUCUUCACGGCCAUGAGGCUGGACAUCCUCUGCGCGAUCACGAAGCCAACAAUUCUACCUUGACUACGUGGCAAAUCUCCUUCGACUAUAUCCGUCAGGCUCGACCGUCUGCGGCAGAUCUUCUUUCGCUAAUGAGCUUCUUCGAUCGGCAAGGUAUACCGGAUAUCCUACUCCGAAAGCCAGCACCAGGGGAGAAGAGCCAUGCCGGGAUCGGUCAGGUAUUUCCAGCAAGCAAGCCAACAGAAAUCGAAUCGCACGGCAGUACGCUGCUUGAGACAUCCAACAGCGACAUUGAAGAGGACAUCCGAACGCUCAACAGAUUCUCAUUCAUAUCCACCACCCGCGACCCCAAGGUCUUUGAAUUGCAUAGUCUAGUGCAGCUUGCUAUAAAUGGCUGGCUCGGUAAAGAGAAACGGAGGUCGCAUUUUCAUGCAGCGGCCAUGGGCCAUCUUGACCGCGUAUUUCCUUCAACAUAUGAAGACCAGGAGAGAUGCCAGUCCCUGUUCCCUCACCUCAAAUUGGUGACGAGCAAGAAACCCAAAUUGGGAAAAUCCACGCUGACAUGGAUGUCACUGAUUUACAAAGGAGCAAUUUUUGCCGGUCUCUAUGCGGACUUUGCAGACCUAGUGCAGAUGGGAUCUACGCUGGGAGCAGCCACACAGGGGAUACUCGAGCCGGACCAUCCGGUGGUAUUUUGGGCGACCGAGAUGGCAACAUUUGGCCUCAAGUGCAUCAGCAGGAUGCAGCAGAUUGAAAUGCAAAAACUGAAACUAGUCGAAGAAAGUCAACGGGAAUGGGGAGAGGACGAUUCUUUGACGGUAACCGCGAUGAUCAGCCUUGUGGAGACAUACAUCAUCCAAGGCCAGAAGCGGAAGGCCUACGAGCUAGCUUCGCGUGUAUACCGGGCGGCCCAAGAGAUAGCGGACGAGCCAUUAUGUUGCGACGACUAUUUCCGGACGCUGGCCCGCAUCGAGAAGCUGGGGCGAAUAUACAUGAAUCAAGGUCGGUGGCAUGAUGCCGAACGGUUAUUGACGAGCAUCGUUCAGACCCGAGAGCAGCUGUGUGGGAGGCUGGAUCCCGCCACAUGGAAAGCGAUGAUCCAACUCGCAGAAGUGUAUCAAGCACAAGGCCGAUGGGCAAACGCGAGCGAGCUCCGCAAACGAGUGCUUGAUUUGCAGGAGCAGGAGCAGGAGCAAGAGCUUGGAGAAGACGAUCCUGAGAGCAUCAAGAUCUAG